CAUAAACAGGCCUCGCAACUAAACUCGAGCGCGCUAGUGAGGAAGUCGACCAAUAUGAGGCCUUGGCGCUCACACGCCCUGUUGUUGGCAGCUUGUCGCUAACUGAUGCAUAAUGGGCUGAUUAAGCGAUAAAAUGGUGAAAAGGCAGAAGGAAGCGCGACCGCUGGGCAAGGAUCCAGUUGCGAGCUAUCGCAACCGGAUCUACCGCCUGGACGGCCGUUUUCGGGCCCCGCUUUCAGUUCCCGUAAGAUCAAGGCCCUGCCCGGAGCCAUCAUGCUAUAUACCAAGCCAUCAUCAGCUGGAGUACAUGGCAGGGCUUACGGCUGGAUGGAAAAUGACCCAGACUUGAUGGCGGACCUGGAUGUGCUGGUUGUGCGGAUUGAUGCGCGUUUGCAGCUGCAGCGGGCUCAGUUCAAGGAGCAGAAAGCUGGACGAAAGCGGAUACAGAAGAAGCAGCUGCCUGAGGGACUGCCCGCUAAGCCCCCGCCACCAGUGUUCCGGGUCAAGCAGGAGGCCCGGGCCGCCUUCCAGCAAGUCGUGCGACCAGUUCUGCAGGUGGCCUUUGGGCAGGAGCAGUGGAAGCAGCACCUAUGCCAUGGCGGUGAGCCCAGCAAGCAGGAUGCCUAUAAGAGCUGGGUGGUAGUGGAUGGGGCGUGCGGCUGCCGGGACUUCACAUGCCGGCUGGCCCGUGCACACCUCAGUGCCAUCACUCACGACCCUGCCGCUGGAACUGCGGCGGAGGCGGAGGCAGCUCCCGCCGCGGCCACAGCCUUUGGGCAGGACGCCGCGGCGCCGGUGCGAGUACCCAGCGGCGGCGCAACUGCAGCUGGGGGCGUGGCGGAGGCGGAGGCAGCUCCUGCCACGGCCGCCGCGGCGCUGGUGCGAGUACCCAGCGGCGGCGCAGCUGCAGCUGGGGGUGUGGCGGUGGCGGAGGCAGCUCCUGCCACGGCCGCCGCGGCGCUGGUGCGAGUACCCAGCGGCGGCGCAGCUGCAGCUGUGGGCGUGGUGGUGGCGGAGGCAGCUCCUGCCACGGCCGCCGCGGCGCUGGUGCGAGUACCCAGCGGCGGCGCAGCUGCAGCUGUGGGCGUGGCGGUGGCGGAGGCAGCUCCUGCCACGGCCGCCGCGGCGCUGGUGCGAGUACCCAGCGGCGGCGCAGCUGCAGCUGUGGGCGUGGCGGAGGCGGAGGCAGCUCCCGCCACGGCUGCUGCCGCCCUUGGGCAGGACGCCCUGGCGCACGCUGCUGUGGAGUCUGUACCAUACCCGGCUAAUUUGGCUGUUAUGGACUUUGUCGCAACUACAGCAGCCAGCCAGCAAAAUCGUAUGCUUGUCGAGUGGUGCGCGCGCGUCAGCCCUACGUACAAGCUGUGGCUGCUCGAGAAGCGCAACGCCGAUGCUGCCAAGAAGUCCGAGUACGGCCGCGCAAAAGCCCGCUUCCAGCGUCAGCAGCAGGGCAUCGUCGACCCUGUCAUAGACAUUGGAGAUGACGAACCCGAUGAGGAAACGGCUGGCAAUGAUGAGGGCGAUGUUGCCGGCACCCGCCCGGCGGCACGCGCUGGGCGACCAGCUAGGGUGCGCCGCCAGUUCGACCCCGAGCAACUGGCCACCGCCUUCGAGCGUCUCAAUGCCGGCAACAAGACACAGCUGUCUGUGCUCCUCCAGGCGUUCGGAGGAGGCAGCGAGGCAGAUUUGGACGAUCUGACGGUUGCGCUUAGGAAGGCCAAGCUUAGAUGGGGGCAGCCCACGGCCAGACAGAAAGGCCUCAUGGUCACGGUGUACCAGGGCGCCCUGACUGGCGUGAGCGGCGAUGCCAUGUCGCCUACCUCUGCCAUGCAGUAUACCAUGGGCACCGUGCCAGGUGGCGGCUGGAGGAAGUCGCUGGUCCGCAAGGUCCUUGGCGACCUGUUCGUCAAGGCGAAGUCAGGCCGCAAGGGGCAGGCGGAAGGGGCGGGUGCAGGGGCCAGGCGCACGGGGCCAGCAGGUGCAAGGGCCAGGCGCGGGCGAACCGCAAGGGCGGCAGAGCGGGAAGGCAGUGCCAGCUAGAGUGAGGAGAGCGCAGAUGACGACAGCGAUGAGGGCGAUGAGCGUGAAGGUCAAUCGGGUCAGGAUCCGCAAAUUCUAGCGUCUCGGGGCAAGUGCAGGGGCGGGACGUCAACUCUGCAACCAACAUCCGGCACGCGCUGGUGGAGAUGCUGCUUGGAAACGUGCGGCCCGCAUCACUACAGCCUGGCGGCGGUGGCGGCAGCGGCGGCGGCGGCGGCCCAGCAGCGGCCCAGCAGCGACACAGCGACAGCGGCACGUGUGCGCAUGUUGGUAGCGGAGGGGACGGGAACGGCCACGUGGAGGAGAGCGCAGCGUCGCCCAAAACUUGGCGCAAGCGCGCAGGCUGAGGGGCUGGCCGCCGGUGUCUAGCUAGGUAGCAGGCCACAAUGGGGUGAGCAGGGUAUGCUUGGCAGGGGGCAGCAGCAGCAUGACAAGUAGUGCGGCUUUUGUCAAUUGUGUGGUGUCCUGGCUGGCUCUGCAGUGGCGGUGUGGCUGCUGAGCACCUGGUUUGGCUAUGUGCCUGUACAGACCGACCCCGGCUAUGUC